UUGGUGGGCAGGAACCCAAUUCAACCUGCCCUUGGUUCCUUUUAAUCUCCUUGCCUCAUGUCAUGACCCAGACUCUCCCAAGCGAUAUUUUUAUGGCCACGCUCUCUAUUCUCCUUUGUUUUCAUCAGCUGUUGAAACAGGAGUCACUUGGAGCCAAGUUCUACAGAGUAAAGUGGGAGGGAGAAAGAGGCAGAAGCAGCGAAAGGAAAGAAAGAGUUGAGUCGGAGGUGUUGAGCCUCACAGCUGCCAGAGCUGGGCGCAAUGGGGGUUUAAACUCGGCAAGUUGACCUGAAUCAGCUGCGGGACAGAUGCUUAAUAAGAAGGGUUAAAUCUAUAGCUAAGAAAAAAAAUCUCACGCAUCCCUCCCCCUCCGUUAUUCUUUGCAUUUAUCCUGCCGGACAGAAGCAAACAGGAUGUCUUCCCAAGGGCUGGUGACUGACGACCUUUCCAUGGAUGGCAACUUUGCUUAUGACGAUAACUGGUAUAUAUAUGACCAAAAAGGGGACCAGGAUGACAUGACUCCUGAAGUUAUCCCAGACUGCCAUCCCACCAUCCCUUAUGACCUCUACCACGCCUGCAUGGCUCCAGUAUCACUGGCCGUCUUGCUGAUUCUCUCUCUGCUGGUGAAGCGGAAGAAACUCUAUAAAAAUUGUUGGGCUGGAGCCCCUGGACUGCUAAGCCCUGUGAAUUUCUUGGAAGAGGAAGGUCACAAGGGGCUGUCUGUGGCAGUUUUUGGCAUCCUCUUCUCCUCCUUAUGCAUCCUGGUUCUGGAUAGCGACCCUCUGCCCUUCAUCUCCGGCUCCUCGACCCAGAAUCGAGAGUACUGGAAGAUCAUGGCUUUGCUCUAUUACCCUGCCUUCUACUACCCCUUAAUUGCAUGUGCUACGGUCAGGCACAGAGCUGGGUACUUCUUGGGCUGCCUGCUGUCCUGGUGCCAUUGCGUGGUCCAUCUCUGGCAGAAGGUGGAAUGCCCUCAGUCGCCCAAGAUUUAUAGGUACUAUUCCCUGCUUUCUUAUCUCCCCAUCAUCCUGUGCCUUGUGGUUUUGAGCCUUUGGUAUCCUGCACAGCUUGUCAAGAGCUUCAGGGAGCAGAAGAGGAAGAAAGUGACGGCGGAGCUGCCGGGGAGUGGCUAUUACGAAGACUAUCUGAAGAAUAUCCUGGCAAAAAGGAUGCCAAAUGAAAGCAUCAGCAGAGCCAAGCCAAGCCUGCUGUCAAGGAUCCGCUCCUAUGUCUGCUCAUUCCUCUACGCACCUCAGGAAGGCUUCCAAAUCCCUCUGAAGCUGGUUCUCUCCCUCGCCACAUCUGUGAUUGCUGUCUAUCAGGUGGCCCUCCUCCUCCUGGCAGUCUUCGUCCCCAGCAUCCAGAUAGUAAGGUCUGGGAUGACCAAGGAGCUGACUGCACUCUUCAUCCAGUUUGGUUUAGUCCCCUCUGAAAAUCCCGCUGGGAUCCCUGGAGACAAAGAGUUAGCCACCCUCAAGCACUACAUCUGGUCGCUAGAAGUCUGCUUCGUCUCCUCCCUGGUUGUCUCCUGCCUGCUGACUUUCUGUAUGCUGGUGAAGUCCAUGGGGAAGCACAGGAUCAACCUCCAGGGCCUGUACCAAGGGGCAGUCACAGACGUCUUCUAUUGCUCUCGCAAGCUUCAGCCUUCACAGCAGGCUCUGGUGUGCUGGAUGUUCUUUGCCAGCUUCCAAACUGCAUUUGCCUGCUUAGGUCUGCUCAUCCAGCACAUCGUCUUCUUCGUCUGCACUGUGAUUUUCACUUUCUUUGUGGUCAUCCCCCUGCAAUCUGGCAGCAACAUGCUCCUUUUUAAAAUCAUGGAGAACAUGUGGCCUUUCUGGUUGACCUUGGUGCUGGCUGUGGUUGCACAGAACCUGCUGACUCACUACUAUUUUCUGGAGCGUGGCCGCCUCCCUAGGGAGCUGACCAACAGACGGGCGCUGUACAUUGUGACCUUCUUGCUGUUCCCCAUCAACGUGCUCGUGGGGGUCUUGGCAGGAGUCUGGAGGAUGGUGGGGUCUGCACUGUACAAUGUCGUCCACUUCUGCCGGCUGGAUGUGAGCAUGCUAGGCCAUGGCGUGGAAGUCUUUGAUCCAGGCUACCGGACGUAUUGUCAUUACUUGAAGAUUGAGGUCAGCCAAUCGCACCCUGUGAUGAAAGCCUUCUGCUUCCUGCUCCUCCAGGUGUGCACAAAGGGAUCCCAGCCAAGAGAUGUGGAAGAAGGAGUCAAGCUCAUGAAGACCAGGGCGUGUUCAUCGAAAGGCUCCAAGGGCAAGCGCAGCCGUGCGCGGUGGUUCUUGGCCUACACCUUGCUCAACAACCCCUCCCUCCUGCCUUACCGAAAGGGGGCUCUCUCGGACUCCACCGCCAACGGGAUGCAAGCCAACCCGGCAAAACCUUAGCCACCCAGGACAAAGCUUCUUGGGAACGAUGGACUCCGCCAGUUGAGAAGAAUGGAUCCCCUGUGCCUUCUACACCACCCCAAUCCCUGUGUUCUCCCAUGCGCUCCAUGUGCCUCCCCCAUAGUCUCCUCAAGAGGCUGCAGCCUACUUGCCCUGAGGCUACAGCCUUUCCUUCCAGGGCCAAAGAUGGGACAGAAGUGGUGUUGGCUCAAAGUGGGGGCAAGCGGUCAGCCGAGCUGACCCAAAGAUGUUGCUCAUCCGAUGGCCCUCCCAGUUCUUCCUGAGCAUCUUUCUCCCAUGGACAAACAAGAGUGUGCAGCUCCUAAAUGCGGGGUGGGGGGGACCACGUUAAAUGUUUCAUAGAACCGUAGAAUUGUAGAGUUGGAAGGAAUGCAGGAAUCUCAGCUAAAACAUCCAUGACAGAUGGCCAUCCAACCUCUGCUUAACCUCCAAUGAAGGAG